UCUUGCGCAUGCGUCAUGCUUCGUUCGCAGCGCAUGCUCAGAGCGAGGGAGGCCGGCAGCAUCCUCGGAGGGGUUAGGAGCCGGCCUGCCCCGCCCCCGGCCUCAGCGGCGAGCUUCCCUUCCGCGCAGCUCGAGCCGGCUUCCCUUUCCGGCGGGCUGGGAGUGCCGCUGUUUCUUUCUCUCCAGUGGACCGUUCUGCUAAUGCAGCUCUUCAUGGCGAGCGAGGCUGGCCCGUGGAGCCGGGCGGUCGCGCUCUGCGUUACAGUUCUUUUACUUGAUGUAGCUUUAUGUAAAGGAUUUGUAGAAGAUUUAGAUGAAUCGUUUAAAGACAAUCGAAAAGAUGACAUUUGGCUUGUAGAUUUUUAUGCCCCAUGGUGUGGCCAUUGUAAAAAACUGGAGCCAGUCUGGAAUGAAGUUGGUCUUGAAAUGAAAAGCAUUGGUUCUCCAGUGAAAGUUGGAAAGAUGGAUGCUACUUCCUAUUCCAGCAUUGCUUCAGAGUUUGGAGUUCGAGGUUACCCAACAAUUAAGCUAUUAAAGGGGGAUUUGGCAUAUAAUUACAGAGGCCCACGAACUAAAGAUGAUAUUAUUGAGUUUGCUCAUAGAGUAUCUGGGGCUUUGAUUCGGCCACUUCCUAGCCAGCAAAUGUUUGAACAUGUACGGAAGAGGCAUCGUGUAUUUUUUGUUUACGUAGGUGGAGAAUCACCAUUGAAGGAGAAAUACAUAGAUGCUGCUUCAGAAUUGAUUGUAUAUACAUACUUCUUUUCUGCCUUAGAAGAAGUUAUUCCUGAGUAUGUGACGCUUAAAGAGAUGCCUGCUGUGCUUGUUUUCAAAGAUGAAACUUACUUUGUUUAUGAUGAAUAUGAAGAUGGUGAUCUCUCAGCAUGGAUCAGUAGGGAAAGGUUUCAGAAUUACCUUACUAUGGAUGGCUUCCUCUUGUAUGAACUUGGAGACACAGGAAAGCUUGUGGCUAUCGCAGUUAUUGAUGAGAAAAAUACAUCCAUUGAACAUACCAGAUUAAAGUCAAUUAUUCAAGAAGUUGCUAAGGAUUACAGAGACCACUUCCACAGAGAUUUUCAGUUUGGCCACAUGGAUGGAAAUGAUUACAUAAAUACUUUACUGAUGGAUGAAUUGACAGUCCCAACUGUGGUUGUACUGAAUACUUCAAACCAGCAAUAUUAUUUGCUGGACAGACAAAUUAAUAAUGCCAAAGACAUGGUCCAGUUCAUUAAUAACAUUUUGGAUGGCACAGUAGAAGCCCAGGGAGGUGAUAGCAUUUUGCAGAGAUUGAAAAGAAUAAUAUUUGAUGCUAAGUCUACUGUUGUGUCCAUAUUCAAGAGCUCCCCCCUUAUGGGCUGCUUUCUUUUUGGUUUGCCAUUGGGUGUCAUCAGUAUCAUGUGCUAUGGAAUCUACACGGCUGACACAGAUGGAGGUUACAUAGAAGAGCGAUACGAAAUAGUGUCUAAAAGUGAAAUGGAAGGUCAAGAACAAAUAGAAGAGAGCAAAGAGCAGCAAGAGCCAAGUAGGGGAGGAUCUUUAGUACCUACUGUGCAAGAGCCCAAGGAUGUAUUAGAAAAGAAGACAAACUGAGACUUUACAAGCAUAAAAUAUCUGAUAGGGUUUCAAAUUCAUUAAAGAGUAUAUUUAUUGAAUUUAAGAGACUUAAUUAUCUUUACAGAAGAGAAUAUGUUAUUUGUAUUUUGCUAAUAUCAACUGCAUGGAUUAGAGUAGUCUUUCCAUAAAUGUGGCGAUGUUUGGAGCAGAGAGAUGAACAGUUUGUAUAAAGCAAACAAAACCAAAUAACCCCAUAAGGGUUUCCCUUAUUGGUGUUAUUACAACAGAUUAUUUCUAUUUGCAUGUUUCUCUAUCUGAAUAUUCUGUGGUAAAGUUACUAUUUUGAGGUAAAAUAUUUAAAUUGGCGAGUCAGGUAGAAGAUAAUGUUUGAUACAGAAAAAUAUACUUCCACUUACUACCUUCCAUUCUUAUAUAUUUUGGCUAAUACUUAUAUGGAAAAAAAUCUUUAAACGUCAGGCACUUUAAGGCAAGCUUGUAACUUUUUUCCAUGUAUCAAAUUAUGAACUAAAAAUACUGUAUUAUGGUUUUAUAUAGCAUAAUGACUUUAUUUUAUUAGUUAUUUUUAAAACAGAGAAAAAGGUUACUUUUUAACUUUAUACUCAGUUGCAUUACUAUAAAGUUUUCAUAUGGGCCUAUAUAGUUGGGGAAAAUUUUUGUGAUUGACCUUCGUGAAGUGAUAGGACGUACUGGGAGCAGUGGCUUCCGCUCUUUCUCUGAAGCACUCUUUUAACAGGCAUCUUAUCCAUCAUUGCAAGAUGGAAACAUCUCUGUUAACCCUACCUUGCUUUAGCCAAAGCAGCCUCGUUUGUUUUUGGGUUUUUUUUUUUUUUUUGGGGGGGGGUUGGUUUGUUUGUUCAUUUUAAAUGUUGAAAUUUCUUAAAUUUCCCUCGAUGAAAGAAAGCAUCUGCAUUUUGAGAAAAGUAGUACGCAUCAUAUUUUUGUCUAUGGUAUAUAAACUUGAUAAUGAUUAAGUCCAAAAUUUAUAUGUAUAUACAUGUGAAGUUUAUCAUCAUACAUCUGCUAACAAGAUACGUGCUAAUGCUGUGGCAUGUCUGUGCUCCUAGUGAGUGAUGAAUGAUUUUAUCAGCACAGCAAGUGGCAAAAAUCACAUCCAUCAGAAGAAAAGUUUGUUGUAUUUAUUUGGGAUUAUUAUUUUUUCUUAACUUCAUAUUAGCAAAGUUUAGACUUUAUUUGAUAACUAUUAUUUGAGUAGCUAUUCCUUGAGUAACUUAGUUACUCAUUGUAAAGAAUUUUAUUAAGUAUUUAAAAAUGUUUAAUCAUUUUAAAAAAUGUAAUUUAUGGUCCUGACACUGAAGUUAUUUAGGGCUUUGUUGCCCAGGGCAGCUUUUGUUUUUUUCUGAUGCCAUACUAAUCAGGACAAUCCUGAAACUAUUAUAUCUUAAGUGCUAAAGAAUUACUAGUAAUUAUUUUAUCAUGUCCAUGUAUUCUUUUCUUAUUUAAUAAUUAAAUAUGCAUUCUUAAUAUUUGACCUCUCACCAUUAUUAGCUUUAAAUAAUGAAACAAAUAAGCACAGGAGAAAUUCAACAGAAAGAAAUGUUCUCAGAUGCAAACUAUAAGGUAAAUGUGGUUAAUUUAACAGGUACAUUUCUCUCCAAAAGACAAUGAGGAUUUGGGAAAAAGAUAAAUAUGGUAUUAAUGUUCUAGAUGGUGAAGAUUGUCUUAUAGUGGGAAAAAGCUUGGAUAAAUACCGGUUUUUCAUUUAAGACUCAUUUAAGACUUCAUUUUUCCUUGCAAAGGAAAAAAAUCUCAAGUAUCAAAAGAUUAACAGGCACGUACUGAGAAGAGAUAAACUCAGAACAGAAAAGAGGUUAUUCACAAAGUAUUACAGAAAAUAGUUACAGAAAAUGUGGUCGAUUUGUUUCUCUUCAUGUUUGUCACUAUCAAUUUCUCGUCUGCAUAUUGUCUUAUCAUAACCUAUAAAGAAGAUUUCAGUGGGUAAAAAAGCGAAACUUGGUGUGUUACGUAAACAAAAACCCAGGAGUCAUCCUUUGUAUUCUUUGAUACAGUUCAAAAUAAAUGAAUCCUUUAGUUCUCUCUUAACCUUGUUGCCUCAUACUUUGUUUGUACUUUUAAAGUAUGUUCCUUAGGAAAAUAAAAUGUAUAGAUGGUUUAUAAAUAAAUUUUAUUUUGUUUUGUAUUAAAAUUUUGCUUUUUAAUUAUAUUUUACAUUUUUUUUUACAUUGUCAGAUUGCUCAUCAUACACAUUUUUACAGUUCAAUGUUAUGCUUUUCCUUUCAAUGUCCUGUCAGAGCUUUACUCUGAAUGCUGUUUUUAUUUCGGUAUAUUACUUCAAAAUAAAGGCAGAGAUCCUCUUAAUAAUUUAAUGUUUUGGAAGAACAUUAUUGUAAGGUAGUGAUGAAGCUUAUGAUCAAUAUUGGGAUAUUCCAUUAAAAUAGAGCUACAGUUUAUUUUUUAGUUGCAUCAAAAUUCUUUAGUUACUAAAACUCAGAAUUCUAGAUCCUUAAUUGUUGCUGAAUCUGGUGUUCAGACAAUAUUUAAGGUUAUUUCACAGAUAAAAGUAUGUUUUUAUGAGUUAUGCUUUGUACCACCUAUUGGCUUACAGUCUUCUAUUUUUUUGUGUGUGUCAGUAUUUUUCUGGCUCUCAAACUUGUUUGAGGCAUUUUGACAUGGAAUUUUCAAAUUUUUCAAAUGUAGUAUGUUGUGGUAUCUGGUUUGGAAAUAACAUUAAGAUGCCAAAUGUUUAGACGUUGAAGUAAUGAUCUGUGUUAGUAGUUAACUCACCUGUAUUGUUUCUGUUGAUUGGAUUUUAUUAAUGAUACUUCUUGGAUUUCGGGACUAUUUUGUUAUUUUAAAAGAUAAUUUAAAUAAUUUCAUAAUUGAUUAAUAUGACAUGGUAGAAUAAAAAUAAAAUUCAGUUGUUAUUAUGCAUAAAUUACUCAAAUCAGUGAGGAAUAUUGAGACUAUGGAUUGAUUGAAUUAGAUUUGUCAUUUUUAUUUUUAGAAAUACAUAUUUUUUUCCAAAUGUGUCUGAGUCCAAGCCUGGGCAAAACAUAAUUUUCUACUUUGGGAUAAUGUAUAAAGGUUUUUAAAAGACUGUAUUACUUGUGAAAUUCUUGAUACCCUGCCUUGGGGCAUCAAUUGUAAAACUUUUCUAAAAUAAAGUGAUGGAAAAUGUAACAA